CCCGCUUCAUCUGAUCAAUCUUGGGAUUAUACCGAAUACCAGUCGAUUGAUUCUACUAACUAGAUCUGCCAACUCGGAGCACCUCGCUGGUCCGGACACGUCCCCUCCUGACCCGCCGCCAGCAAUGAUCAUUCGAGGACGCUCAUGAGCUCGAUGGCAGAGGCCAGUGAGGGCUGGGAACGAGAGGAUGAGCUUGAUCUGGGUCCGGAGGAUGACGACUCCCAACUUCCCGAACUUGACGCUCUCCACAAUCCCGGACCUUCCCAGGAGCCACUCGACGAAUUGGACACAAUAGACACAAUAGAAGACCAUGCGCAGGAUCAUGCGUCAGAGAAGACCGUUGAAGCGGUCAGGGAUAGUCUUCCGCAGACUCCACCAAAUCGAAGCACGGAAUUCAAUGGGACCCCAGGGAGCUUGGACGAGACAGCUUCGACCCCAGAUGACUCUCCAUCAUUACAUGAUUCCAUAAUCUCGUCGCAGGGAAGCAGCGCAUUCCUACCCCGAGGCUCCCCGCGAGUCAGUCCCAGCCCAGUCCACCGUCCGUUCGACCUCCGCUUCCAAUCCCGGUUAUCUUCGUCGCCUCUCAGUGUAUCGCGAUCCGGCUCGCCAUAUCUAGCCCAUAUCCAUUCGCGACAGUCAUCGAUCACAAGCCAGGUAUCGCCAACGCCGGAGUCGGAACCAGAAUCACCCCCGAGCCCGUGGGAUGUAGUGCGGUGGACAAAGCUGCGAAAGAUUACUGGACAGGCAUUCUCGGAGAUUGGGAGGCGCAAUUUUGGGCGACCAACCUGUUUGGCGGUAUCCACCAGCAUUGUGGUUGGAACCUCCAAAGGUAUAAUACUUGUGUUUGAUUACCAGCAAAGUCUGAAAACCAUCAUCGGAACAGGGACAAAAGCUGUGGAAUGCGGUCCAAUCACUGCUCUAGCGCUGUCCGCAGACCAUUCUACCGUCGCAGGUGGCCAUGGAUCGGGCGAUAUCUACACAUGGGAGAUAUCUCGCUCAGCACGACCUUUUCUUCAUAUCCCUCCGAUUCCAGCAAACCAGGUGGAAACUCGAACCUCUGAUGGCCAUAUUGCGGGCUCGGCUGUCAUUCAUAUUGGAUUCCUAGGAACACGCCGUACUGCGAUAGUGUCGGCGGAUACGAGCGGAAUGGCAUUCUCUCAUCUGGCAACACGAGGAAUGGGAGCUGUUGCGAGAACUGUGAAAACAACUCGAAUUCUUGGCCGAUACCCUGCUAUCACUUUGCAAGAAGUGAGACCACGGAAACCCAGCUCAGUUUUGGCAUUUUCUCCUUUGCCCCUGGGCAAUGUAGAGCAACCGUCUGACUCAUUAGGCCUAGUUGCCAUGUUGACACCUUAUCUACUGGUCAUUGUGUCUACCACACCUAUUGCACAGACACAGCACAAAGCCCCGAGACCAAAGGAAGUCCCGGCUCACAGUGCCAUGACUGGCGCUCUGGCUUGGUUCCCUGCAAUUCGACUGAAAGGAAAAGACAGCCAGACCUCUAAUACCAAGCUCGUUUAUUGCUGGUCAAAUGUGUUGACUGUGCUGGAAGUGACCGAAGCGGAAACGGACGAACCUGUGGAUAGGGACAAGCCGCCAAACCUGGUUUUUAGAGCACGCAGCAGGUGGAAGGCGGAUGAGCCCAUCGUCGCAGUGCAAUGGUUGAGUCGCUCAGUUCUUGCAGUCUUCACCAUCACCCAACGACUCCUCAUUCUUGAAGACUAUUCCAUGCAUGUAACAGACUCGAUCGACCUUGUGAGCCGACAUGUCUACCAUGCUGAUCUGUUUUCAGCCAGACUUCAUACUUUGGUCGAGCAGUUAGAUGAAGAAGAUACUUCGAUGCAUGGUGUAGUGGCAGAUGCAUUCUACAUGAGCUUCCGUGCUUAUAAAGGACGUUUGUUCCUGCUUGGGUAUAACGAAGCCCUAGUUGGUAGUCUUUCGAAUUGGGCUGAUCGCCUUCUUGCACUUAUGGAAGCGGGUGAUUUCAUUGGUGCUAUUCGAUUGGCCACUUCUUUCUACACGGGUGCUGCAGAGAAGCUAACAGUCGGUCUUCCUGAAGAAGAUUCCCUGAGACAGCCCAUUGUUCAGGAGAAGCUGCUAGAGAUGAUUUCGGCUUCUCUCAAGUAUGCAUUCGGUCGCAAUACCGAGGCAGAUAGCGGGAGAGUGGACAACCAGCAACUGGAGGAACUGGCUCAGGUGUCCAUUACGGCCUGUAUCUACAUGGCGGAUUAUGAGUUUCUUUGGGAGGAAAUAUUUACUUGGUUUGAGGAAAACGACUCCGCAGGGAUUUUCUUGGACGUUCUUGAACCACGCAUUACCGAUGGGACGACUCGUUCUCUGCCUCCGACCGCGGUAAAAGCUCUGAUCAACCACUUCGUGGUCACCCACCCACCUGGCCGCCUGGAGGAGAUUAUCUGUCUUCUUGACACCACUACUAUGGACAUUGACCAAGUCACGACGUUAUGCAAGCAACACAAUCUGUACGAUGCCUAUAUAUACGUUUGGAAUCGCUGUUUACAAGACUACGUUGGCCCUCUAGAGGAGCUUCUACGUAUGAUGCCAUCGCAGCCCGAACCUCUUGUCAAUGGAAACCACGCCAACGAGGUGACCCGGCAUACGAACGCAAUGAAAAUCUUCCCCUAUCUAUCAUUCGUCUUGACGAGUCGCAUCUACCCAACAGGGGACGAGAUGGAAGAAACCGAAGCCUUCCGUGCAAAAACUUCCUUGUACCAAUAUCUUUUCUCAGGCCAACUGUCUGGCACAGUGCCAAGCAAUGACUCCGAUGGUGCUGACUCGUUCUCACCACUAAGGGCUAUGUUGAAGUAUGACGCGUCCAGCUUCAUGAGCAUGUUUAAUGAAGCAUUUGAAGACAGUUUCCUGAAUGAGCCCGAGUCUGAAGAGGCUCUCACCUCUGGCGUGUCAAUCAAUCGACAAUACCUGAUUACCAUUUUGCUUCAAGUUAUGGAUGCAUCGUUCUUUUCUCCUUCUGAUACCAUUUACUUGGACAUGUUUGUUGCGCGCAAUCUUCCGAAAUACCCCCAGUACAUUCUUCUUUCGGGCACAACUCUUCAUCAAGUUCUCGUCCGGCUAUGUCAGUAUCCCGAGCCGGACAUGGCUGAGGACUGUGAGCUGAGUGCGGAGUACUUGCUUUCUUUCUAUCACCCACCAGACAUUCAGAGCAUGGUGCCCUUGUUCAAAGAAGCUCGGUUUUUUCGCAUCCUCAAAUCCACCUACCGCUCAGAGAAACAAUAUCCGGAAUGGAUAUUGGCGUAUCUUGAUGAUCCAAAUGAUAAAGAAGCCAUUUUUACGUCCUUACACGACUGUCUACGUUCGGGUUCUACCCUUGGUAAGAAGCAACGGAAAGAUGUCGUGGAAGUGGUGAAGAAGCACGCUACAGAGAUCGCCGAUAUCGAUGUCAAACGAGCAGCAGAGACAAUGCAAAAUCUGGCUCCUGAAGCACAUUCUACGUUUUUACAGGUACUGGAGCAGAAUCCACACAGCCAGUAUGAAUAUCUUCUGGUGCUCGUGGAGCCCACUGUUCAAAGCGGAGAAAGUCGAGCUCCACCGGCCGUUGACAGCUGGAUGAUCGAACGCUACGUGCAGCUUCUCUGCAAAUACAACCCCUCUCAUAUCGCGGACUUUGUCGACGGCCUACGCGUCGGCGAUUUUCACCUCGAUCAAUUGCUUCCAGCCAUUGAAGAGAGCGGGGCGAUUGAUGCCGCGGUGAUUCUACUUGCACGACAAGGCCAGCUACGACCGGCGUUAGACCGUCUUAUUGCUCAUCUAAGUACACUCGAGGCUGGUCUAGUUGGGAUUCUCCAGAGCAUGGUAGAGGCUCCAGACUCAUCCAGUGCGACCGAGGCCAUUGAUGAUCUUCUGGAAUCGCUAGAGAAGUACUCUGGUGUUGGGACAUGGCUCUGCCAAGGCCAAACCAAGACUGCUUUGCAGUCUAGGCCGAGCACCAAUGGCCAACGUGGUGUGCCUCCGCUUGAACAACCCCUGACCUUUGACGAGGUUCUCUGGCUCGAUCUCAUCGAGGCCGUGGUUCGCAUCGCGAGCAAUGUCUUCACCGUGAUGAGGGAGCACCACAUCGAGGAGUCGGAGCAAUCCCAGUUUGCGCCUAGUCCCAUGGGCGGGAACGUCGGCCCGUUGACCAUUUCCUUCCGCACUCUGGUCCAGCAGGUGUUUACCUCCUUGCUGGCCAGCACUGUGAAAAAUGGUGGUGGAUCGAGUAGUGAACGUACCGACAUGUCCUUCCUUCGGAUCCUCCGCGCAUUUCUCACCCAGGCGGCCCGCUGGUCACCUUCCCUACUUGAGUUGCGCGCGGUGCUCGCCUCCGUCUUCUCCGCCUACUCUUACGAGAAGUCUCUCUUGACCCUUGCAAAUGGCAUGUUAGACCGCGACUUGUUCGUUCAUGUGGACGAGGUCACCCGUCUCCGGCAACAAGGGUGGCGCCCCCGCGGACAAGUGUGCGAGAUCUGCCGUCGCCGGAUCUGGGGCCCCAGUGUUGGCUCAUCACACUGGACAUCCUGGCAGACCAAGCAGGCAGAGGAUCACCAGCGUCGCACGGCUAAACGUGUUGAAGAGAGUUGUGACCCGGCCCUAGAGCGGGGUAAAGGGAAGGCAGCUGCAGUGGGGGCGGGUCAGGCGGUGGUUACCCACCAUGCCCCCAAUCCUGACGACCAUGAGCAUGAGCACGAGCAGGACACAGGGGCAGGUGGCCCGGGGGCGGAUGGCCCCCCUGAACCAAUUGUAGUCUUCUCCUGUCGACACCUCUAUCACCGACAGUGUGUUCUAGACGCCAUUCCGAUCCACGGUCGCUCCGGCCCUACUUUUCGGCAUGAACGUGCCGAUUGGUCUGCGGAUUUGUUCUGCCUGGCUUGUACAUAG